AUGGCAAGUAAAAAACUGAGAAGAGCAGGUUUGCCACAGGAUCUUUGCGAGAGACUAAGUCGACAUCAGAUCACUACUUGUCAGGACUUCUUAUGUCUUUCGCUACUGGAGCUAAUGAAAGUGACUGGACAGAGUUACUGGAAUGUGCAGAAACUUGUUCGUACAGUCAGCCAGUCCUGUGCUCCCAGAAUGCAAACUGUUUAUGAAAUGAAAAUGAAAAGAACCAUCAAUCCUUCAUCAGCAUUCUUGCCAACAACACUGGAAGAUCUGGAUAAAAUAUUGCAUGGCGGAAUUGCCUGUGGAUCUCUUACAGAGAUAACCGGCCCAUCAGGUUGUGGCAAAACUCAGUUUUGUAUUAUGAUGAGCUUGCUGGCCACUUUGCCCUCCAGCAUGGGAGGAUUGGAUGGGGCUGUUAUAUACAUUGAUACCGAGUCUGCAUUCAGUGCUGAAAGGCUUAUUGAGAUAGCACAGCACCGCUUCCCUCAUUAUUUUGCCACAGAAGAAAAGCUGCUUUCAAUGCCCAGCAGCAUUCAUCUCUAUCGGGAACUCACCUGUGACAAUGUACUUAAAAGGAUUGAAUCUUUGGAAGAAGAAAUUAUUUCGAAGAAUGUUAAACUUGUAAUAAUUGACUCUAUUGCUUCUGUAAUCAGAAAAGAAUUUGAUACAAAAAUUCAAGGCAACCUGCAAGAAAGGAGCAACUUGUUGACUAGAGAGGCAUCAAUAUUGAAAUACUUGGCUGAAGAAUUUUCAAUACCAGUUAUCUUGACGAAUCAGAUUACCACGUGGCUAAGCGAUGGCCUUGCAGUACAGGCAGACCUUCUGUCUCCAGCUGAUGACUUGUUCCUGUCUGAAGGGUCUUCUAGAAUUGGAGAUGGCGGGUCUGGCUAUGUGACUGCAGCACUGGGGAAUACUUGGAGUCAUAGUGUGAAUACGAGACUGAUCUUGCAGUAUCUGGAUUCAAAGACCAGGCAGCUUCUGGUUGCUAAGUGCCCCAUUGCGCCUUUCACUUCUUUUCUAUAUAUGAUUGAAACUUCCGGUUUGGUUCUCAAAGAAUCAGAUCGAAAGGACCAGCCAUGCUGCAGCUGGGAAGGAAUGAGUCCUGCACUUCAUACAAUAAAAUUGAGGAAAGAUACCUUUUACAAUGAACCUGAAAUGGCUUUAUCCAGUUUCACUAGUGACACUCCCUAGUUCACUGCAGCAUUUACAAUGUUCAGAAAUACAAGCAACUGGAAAAAGAGAAUGCUGAAGCCCAGAAAACAAAGAAAAGGCAGUCGAUCUGAACAGAUACCAUGUUUUUCUUGGUAUGGAAGAACUUCUGUAUGAGUUGCUGCUUUUGUCUCUCACUAUGAUGGCAACCAGAGAUUUCUGAACUGAUGAUAAACUCUGGAAUCUUUAAUCUUUCACGUUCUCCUUAACAUUAGUAUGAACACAGUGGAAGGUAAUAUUCUUGAACCCCGUAGGCCAGGUGUUGGCAAUGUGGUGACCACGGUCACCAAUGCACUCCUAGAAACUGCCAUGGUCUUUACCUCUCACACUUAAAAAGAUUUGUAAACACA